AUGAAAAUUUACAUUUUGUUGUUAGCAUUGGUAGCUACAUAACAAAUGACUGUGGUCUUAUCAUUCUUAUAAACUAACUAGUAUUAUAAUAUAUAUAGUUAGAGAGGAUGCAAAUAAGGUAAUAGAGGAAACAAAUGAAAUAAGUAAUCAAGAUGUUUAAGUUGAGGCUACUACUUUAGUUUCUUAAGAUGACAAUUCUUCAGUUACUUAAUUAUAAGACUUAGAUGAUGUUCAAUUGAAUACUGAUAUUAAUAAUACUGAUGAAUCACAAUAAAUGUUAAACGCUGAUAAUGAAAGUCCAUAAAACAACAUUGAAGUACUUGACUCAAAUAAUUUAGAUUGUUCAACAGCAAGAUAUAAAUAAUUAUGAUGAUGUUUAACAAUAAAAUUAAGAAUUUUCACAACAAUUUUAAGAUGUUUAAGAUAAUAAUAAUGAUUAAUCAGUAUAAAAUAUUGAAUACAUUGAAGAUACAUAAAAUGAUUAAAUUAUCAACAAUAACUAAGUUGAAUUUUAAAAUGAUGUUGAUAUUUAGCCCUAAAAUGAAGAGCACUCAAAAAUUUAGGAUUUAUAAGAAAAUAAUUAAUUUAAUGAAGAUCCUUAAGUUUAAGUUGAAUAAGAAUUAGAUAUCUAUGAUGCUAAAUAAGAAGUAGAUAAUAAUCAAAGUGAACAAGAUUUUUAUGCUGAUCCUGAAACAGAUUCUGUUUAAUAAUCAGAAAUUUAAAAUGAUGAAAUUUAGCAAUAGGAUUCUGAAAUAUAAAAUGUUUAAGUUGAAUCUGAAAAUGAUUAAAGUUCUGAAAUUUAUACAGAUACACAAUAUGAAUAAGUUAAUCAAGAAGCUGAAUAAAGUGAAAAUUAUAUUGAUGAUGUGCCAUAAGCCUAGUAAGAAGAUAUUUAAUAGUAUGAUGUUACAUCAAUAGAUUAAGAAAAUAAUUAAGAAUAAACGUAAACUCAAGAUGAGACAAUUGAAUUUUAAGAUUCUCCAACAAACUAAAAUCUUGUUAAUUAAGAAAUUAAAUUGAUUCCUGAUGAAGAAUCAAAUAAUGCAGAAGCAUAAAUUAUUGAUGAAUAAUAAUAAAUUGUUGUUGAAAAUCAAACUUAAGAAAGUGUUGAUGAAAAUAAAUCUACAGAAUCUAAUAAUAAUGCUGAUCCAAAUGAUAUUAAUUUUAAUAAUAAUGAGAUAUUAGUAAAGUAAUGCAUCUCUAUAUUUAUAUAGUGAGAGAAAUGAUUGUGUCAUAAUUUACAAUUAAUGCUAUUUCAAAGGGGAAUCAAUGAAGACUUGUGGAGAUCUUGGUUAAUUGAAGUAUAUUUAAUCAUUAAAUUACUUAGAGAUUUUUAAUAUGAGAUCAGAUCACUAUAAAUACCAUCUGGAACUACUUUAACUAUUUUUGAUCAUCCUAAUUUUGAAGGUUAAAAACAUGUAUUCUCUCAAAGUGAAUAAUGUUUGACAGAUGCUGUUUUCUUUGCUUAAAUGGUUUUUUAAAAAGAAUAAAAGUUUCUUGGUAACUAUUUCUGA